AUGUCUGCCCCUGUGAUUAAAGUAACAAUUUCUUCAGUGUUGCCGUUUAGUCCAAUCUCGAGUUUUACUUGGAGAAUAUCAAGAGCGCUAUCAUUUAAUUUAGCUAAAGCCCCAAUCCGCAAAAUGACAACUAAUGUUCCCGAAAAGCAAGCCGUCAUUUAUUACCAACAAAAUGGUGGUCCAGAUGUCUUGAAGUAUACUUUCGACUACCCAGUCCCAACUAUAACCGCCAAUGAAAUAUUAGUUAAAAAUAAGUACGCUGGUGUGAAUUACAUUGAAACUUACUUUCGUAAGGGUAUUUAUCCCACCACUUUCCCAUUUAUCCCAGGCCGUGAAGCUGCUGGUGAAGUUGUUGCCAUAGGUAAGGAUGUAGCCAAUUAUAAUAUUGGUGACAAGGUUGCUUAUAUAGGCACUAAAAACUUUGCACAAUUUACCACAUUGGAUUCUAAAAAGACCACUAUUAUUAAUUUAGGGAAAGACGCUUCUGAUGAACAGUUGAAAUUGUAUGCGGCUUCUCUAAUUCAAGGUUUAACUGCCCUGACUUUUAUUGAUGAAGCCUAUAAAGUUAAGGAGGAUGAUUUUAUUCUUGUUACGGCCGCAGCUGGUGGUGUUGGAUUGAUCUUAGAUCAAUUAAUUGGUAAAAUCAGAGGCGGACAUGUUAUUGCGGUUGCGUCUUCCGAUGAAAAGCUUGCCAAAGCAAAGGAGAAUGGUGCUGAAUUUUUGUUGAAUUCCUCAAAAUUAUCAUAUGAUGAGAUUGCAGAUGAGAUUUUAAAAAUCACUCAUGGUAAAGGCGUUCAAGCAACUUUUGAUUCCGUUGGUAAGGACACAUUUGAAAUGGAUCUUAAGGUUGUUGCAAGAAAAGGUACUAUAGUUUCCUUUGGUAACGCUUCUGGUACAGUUGAGCCUUUAUUAAUUAAUAGGUUGUCUCCUAAAAAUGUGAAAGUUUUAAGGCCUCAGUUGUAUGGUUAUAUUUCUGAAGCGGAUGAAUUUAAGUACUACUCAAAAUCGCUGUUUGACUUGAUCGACUCGGGGAAGUUAAAAAUUGACAUUUACAAAGUUUACCCUUUGAAAGAGUACAAGGAAGCAACUAUUGAAAUGGAAGCAAGAAAAACGACGGGUAAAAUCGUCUUGGAGAUUCCACAAUAA